AUGGCUUAUCCGGUGCAAAAGGUCUGUGCAUGGAGCAAGGCCCACGAUGUUGACUCCAUUGACGCUGAAGAGUGUCCAGAUGUGAGACUGGUUUGCGCCAAGCCUUUUGGUGCUUUUCCCAAUGCCUGCAGUGGCACGGCCCAUUUGGCGAAGCCGUGGUUCGUCUCCUUCUACUCCUUCAGCAAGGAAACGGCUCCUGGCACCUUCGAGACCUCCCUGCAAACAAGGGUUCUGGUGGAUCGAGAUACGACUUGCGCCGGAACCUACCAGAAGAUGCCGGCAGCUUUUCCCACGGUCGGAGAAGAGGAGGUCGAGAUUUCAACCACAGCCAGACCUUUCUUGGGACCCGAGGACAAGAAUAUCUUCGUCUGGGUCAUGGGUGCAGUCGUGGUUCUUUUCGUGGCCGUGUCGGCCGUGAUCCUCCGCUGGAAUCGACUGAGCCCUCAGAGGUCCUCGCAGGAGCUGGGCAGAGAAAUUGAGCUGCAAAGUACAAGACCGUUUUGA